UAGAAUUUAACAGAAAACUCCACGACUUAGAGAUAUGCGGUCACAUUGCUCGGGUUAAUAAAUACAAACGCCUUUUUAAUUAAUUUAUUCAACUUGCUUAACUGAACUUAACAAUUUAACAUUAAAUCAGUGCAAUAAUGAAUAAUAUGGAGCCGGGUGUUGAAAUGUUCUCACCAGAGCCUAUUCUUAAGACGGAUACAGAUGCAGACAACGGAGAGGACACGACGGCCAGUUCCAGCAACAAGGUGCUGAGCGCCAAAGAGGAUGAGCUGAUAUCCCUGGAAACGCUCAGAGAAUCGCCAGUGCAGUGGCCAGAACGUUUUCCGGGCAUGGAUGAAUACCUGACUAUGAGCCGAACACCGAUACACACACCAAGCGCUGACUACUCACAUAACUUGACCAGUACGGACAGGGCGAAAAUCACUCAGCUCGCCAGUUUGACACCCGAUCAGUUAAUAGAGAAGAUUAAGUCCAUGCAUGAUGAGAUCUAUCAAUUAGGCCUGCGUGAAUCCAAGGAAAUGACACGAGGCAAGCUUUUGGGCAUCUUUGAUCGAAUGGCCAAGGUGAAGAAAUAAUUGAAUUGACGUUGAAUUUGUUGUCGUAUUAUGUAUAGUUAAUUUUACUUAAAUUUGCAUUGACAUGUGCUUACAUGUAGCCUAAAUUUAAUGCAUAUUAUGAAUAUUUUUGUAAUAAAAAGAGCAAUUGUUAAAUCAUUAAAUUUAAUUCAUUA